CCCAACCACCCCCUCCCCGCCGGGGAAAGCACGCGAGGCACGGCCGCUCCGGGCCAGGCCAGGUCGAGGCUUCGCCGCUAGGCCUCGCAUCUGUUUUUUUUAUUUUUUGUAGUGAUUUUAACGCAUUUUAAAAUGCUUUGGCGCUCAUAGAUGGCCAAGUGUAUCGAUUUAACCUCGAUUAAAAGCCGCUUUACUUCGAAACACGCAUCAGACGCGCGACGCCGCCUUCGUGAUGCCUCCGCCGCCUUGACAGCUGCGUGUUUACUCGAGCAAGCCGCGGCCCUCCUUCAGUGCGUGCAAAUGUUUUAAAACUUCGCACAAUGCUUGAAUGAUGGGCCCCCGACUUCAUCUCGCCCCAUAGGUACAGGAAAAUUCUCCGGGACAUCGAGCAGGUCUGGAGCCCUUCUUUGAUUUCAUUGUAUCAAUUGGAAACACGAGGCUGGACAGGGACAACGAGACACUGAAGGACCUGCUGAAGGCCAACGUGGAGAAGCCGGUACGGAUGUCCGUGUUCAGUAGCAAGACGUUGAAGGUGCGAGAUGUUUCCAUCACUCCCAGCAACCUGUGGGGUGGCCAGGGCUUGCUCGGCGUCAGUAUCCGCUUCUGCAGCUUUGAGGGUGCCAACGAGAACGUCUGGCACGUCCUGGACUUGGAGCCACACUCACCAGCUGCUCUGGCAGGACUGCGUCCUUUCUCAGACUACAUCAUUGGAGCCGAUGCCGUGUUAAAUGAGUCCGAGGAUCUGUACACUAUGAUCGAAUCCCAUGAGGGAAAGCCUCUCAAGCUUUACGUGUACAACAGUGACAUUGACAGCUGCCGAGAGGUGGUAAUCACACCCAAUGGGGCCUGGGGUGGUGAGGGCAGUCUAGGUUGUGGGAUCGGCUACGGAUAUCUGCAUCGGAUUCCUACACGGCCUUUCACCGAGGGCAAGCUCAUCAGCCCUUCAACCACAACCAGUGCAAAGGAUGGCUUCACUGAGGUGUCCCUCUCAGCUGCCAACUCACUGCUGAGCUCCCCAACUCCAGUAAACGUUUCUUCUACCCCGACCAUGCUUAUCACCAUGUCCGGUUUGGAGCCAGGAGUGGCCAGCCUGCCGCUCAGCACCACGGCUUCCUCCACGCCCCCGUCUGUCACCAGUGCACUGAAUGAUGGUGUACUGACAAUGCCAGUCAUACCAAGCCAUACGAAUGCCUCCCUACCUCCUGGUGUCAUGCCUGGCACAAUACCAGACUUUCCUUUUACACCAUUAAACCUUCCCAUCAGCCAGCUUGGAAUUGCUGAUCCAAAUGCAGCAGGCCUCCCUGCCCUGCACUCAUAUCCGCCAGUGGUGCCCAUCUCCUUCCCAGGCGGCCUGCCCGCAUCACUCUCUGCAGUAAUACCUGCUGCAGUAAUACCUGCUGCAGUAAUACCUGCAUUCCCGACAAGCCUGCCCGAUGUGCCGUCAGCAGAGGAAGCCUCGUCAACCUCACUGCCACCCCCACCACUGUACACAGCAGCCCCAGGCCUGUCCUCCACGCCACCGCCAGAUUCGGCUAACACGGACAUCCUCCUGCCUUAUGCGCAGGGCCCGUCAUCGCCACCACUUGAUGUGGAAGAAACACCCGCAGCUACACUUCCAGCCUCUGAGAUGAGCGGAACAGCCGCCGAGAACCAAUUACCAACGGAGGAUUCGGGGUAAUGGCAGGGCAUCGUGCUAGGCUUGUUAGUGUGUGUGGUAUGCUUUUGGUGUAGAGGGUUGUCGCUGUAUACAUUAUAUAUUUCUACUGUUUGCUGCAUUUGAAGGAACGCUGUGUGUGCAGAGCCGCAUCUUUACAGGGGUACGGUGUGAAGAUCAAUAUGUCAUUGUGAGAAUGAAGUACAAAUGUUGCUCUGCUGAUACGUUAUAAUAACUGGCAUGUUUUUAAUCAAAGAUAAUGUAGCCUUGCAUUAAAAUACAAUCACUUAUUUUGGUAAUAUUGAAAGCCCAACAUGCCUGUCUUUACAAACAUACACCGUUUUAACAGUUCUGUCAAGUGUUAUUUUAUUGCAUUCUGAGCGGUGUACUUUUUAUCACGCAAACUUUUAACUUGCUGUACAUGAGACCGUUGAAUAUCGCGGCAGUUACGUUCUUGUAAAGUUCCGCGAAAGCCAAAACCGCGAUGUUCAAUACUUAAGCCUUACCUAAAUAAUGGGGUUAGGUAUACGACAACCAAAAAUAGACACCUCACAAUUGAAAUACUGUACUGUAUGCCAAAUCGACUAAAAACGAAAUCCUUGAAAUACACAUGUAAACCCUAUACAAAUAUUAAACAAAAAAAUA